UUGCUAUAAAAUGAGUAAUGUACCGUCUCUGCUCAUUCAAUUACGGCCUCAUCUCCUUCUCUUUGACUCUCCUUCUUCGGUUCUUCCUUCAUUCUUCUUUCUUUUGCAAGUUCUGAACAAACCACCAUAAGAUGCUACCGGAGCAGUGGGUGCCUCCGUGCGGAAACCGAUGUACCCACAAAUAUGCAGCCCUCACCAAACUUCCAUGUAAUCAUCAUCCUCUUCCCAUUCUAUCUAUAUCUCGGAGAGUAUUCUGCAAGAAGGGAUGCAACUCGGAUGAAGAGACAUGGGAAGAAUGUUUGGAGGACUGCAAUCACAUUUGCUACAAGGACCCCGUAAUAAAAGACCAGCAGUGGAGUGCAUAUAUUGACCGUUCUCCUGGAUCAGCCUCUUGUUCAGAGGAAUGCUUCCAUGCCUGUGCAUCUGGCUGUGGUUUCAAGUUUAACAUUAAAGAGGAAGAAGUUGAAAAAGCUUGUCCUAAUAGGCCAUCAAAUCCUCCUGCUCAAAAGCCAGGGCAACAACAUGAACAACCUACCAACCAGUCAGCUGCAAAGCCUGGCUCUUCUGCUUAGUGCUAGAGGUUGGUUAAUAUACACCAAAAUCAAACCCUAUAACAAUUUUUUGGCUAUAUUUUGCAGGAACUAGCCUUACAUCAUACUUUUGAUCGGCAUGGUUUAGGACUUGUCAACAUGCGAUGUCUUUCUUCCUUGUGGAUCUAGAAGUUUCUUGUUGCCUAUAAAAGCUUGUAGUCUAGCUUUUUUUUUUUUUUCUCUCUCUCUCUCUUGAAUUAGUAUACAGCAACUUCAAGUACGAUAAUGGUCAGGAGUUGAAGAGAUAGAAUCUUGCAGUCUUACACACACUUUUUCGCCCUUAUCAAAUUGACUUGGGAAUUUUGUAUAUUGUUUUCAUCUGAACGGAUGGGAUUUUAAGCAAGAUUGGUUGUUUUGGUUCA